AUGAACGACGAUGAAGUCACGCUUGAGCUAGACUUUGAUCACGAUGCCCUAGCCAAGACGCCCAAGCACACACCUUUGUGGGACGAUGAUGGCGUUGCUGCUUUGUUUCGGUUGCGGUACAAGUCUCAGCUGUCUGCGCGGAUUUACUCGAAGAACAACGCCGACAAGAAGACUGCUUAG